AUGCCACUGUUCGGGAAGAAGGACUCGGGCAAGAAGGUGCGCAAGGACGUGAAGGAUGGCUGCGACAAGCUGCCAAGCAUCGACGACAAGUACGUCAUCAAGGAGCUGCUCGGGACGGGCGCGUUUUCGGAGGUGCGGCUGUGCGAGCACAAGGAAACCGCCCAACAGUACGCGGUCAAGAUCAUUGACAAAAAAGCGCUCAAGGGCAAGGAGGACUCGCUCGAGAACGAGAUCCGGGUGUUGAAGCGUUUCAGCGCCCGGCGUAGCGAUGGAAGCGGUGUGCACACGACCGGUCCGCCACUGGGAGGGACACCCCGGUUUGCGCAUCCCAACAUCGUCCAGCUGCUGGAGACGUUCGAGGACAAAUCGAAGGUCUACCUGAUCAUGGAGCUAGUGACGGGCGGUGAGCUGUUCGAUCGGAUCGUGGAGAAGGGCUCGUACACGGAGCGAGACGCGUCGAACCUGAUCCGGCAGGUGCUGGAAGCGGUCGACUACAUGCACGAGCAGGGCGUUGUGCACCGGGACCUGAAACCGGAGAACCUGCUGUACUACAGCCCGGCGGAAGACAGCAAGAUCAUGAUCAGUGACUUUGGUCUCUCGAAGAUGGAGGAUUCCGGGUUUAUGGCGACCGCGUGCGGUACGCCCGGUUACGUCGCACCGGAGGUGCUGGCCCAAAAGCCGUACGGCAAGGCGGUGGACGUGUGGAGCAUAGGCGUCAUCUCGUACAUCCUGCUGUGCGGGUAUCCACCGUUUUACGACGAGAACGACGCGAACCUGUUCGCCCAGAUCCUGAAGGGUGAGUUCGAGUUCGACUCACCGUACUGGGACGAGAUCAGCGACUCGGCGAAGGACUUCAUCCGUAAUCUGAUGUGCGUGAACGUGGAGAGGCGGUUCACGUGUAAGCAGGCCCUCGCGCAUCCCUGGAUCUCGGGCAACGCGGCCAGCAGCAAGAACAUCCACGGUACCGUGUCCGAGCAGCUGAAGAAGAACUUUGCCAAAUCGCGCUGGAAGCAGGCGUACCACGCGGCAACCGUCAUCCGGCAGAUGCAACGAAUGGCCCUCAGCAGCGGUACGUCGGCUGGCGGUGGGGGUGGCGCGUACGGACGCUCUGCGUCACGAAUAAGCAAUGCACCGGCGGACGAGCAAGCGGCGGACACUACUGCCUCUAGCAGUAAGUAA